AAGCGAAGGAGGCGGCUGAGGCGGCUCCGGAGGUUCAGGACUCGGAGUCGGUGCCUCCAGGUGCCAUGGGCCGGGCUGGCCCGCGCUGAGGGCGACGCAGGGCGCUGAUAGGGACGCGGGGCUGGGCCAUGGCCGGCGCUCGGGCUGCCGCCGCCGCCUCGGCGGGGUCCUCGGCUUCUUCAGGCACCCCACAGCCGCAGGAGCCGGGGCUCGGGGAGCUGCUGGAGGAGUUCUCCCGGACUCAAUACCGGGCCAAGGACUGCAGCGGGACGGGAGGCUCUAAGGUUGAGCGCAUUGAGAAGAGGUGUCUGGAGCUGUUUGGCCGAGACUACUGUUACAGCGUGAUCCAAAAUGUGAAUGGGGAUAUCUGCGGCCACUACCCCCAGCACAUCGUGUUCCUGGAGUAUGAGAGUUCUGAGAAGGAGAAAGACACGUUUCAGAGCACCGUACAGGUGAGCAAGUUGCAGGACCUCGUCAACCGCAGCAAGACGGCCAGGUGCAGAGGACGUUUUGUCUGCCCAGUGAUCCUGUUCAAGGGCAAGCAUAUUUGCAGGUCGGCAACGCUGGCUGGAUGGGGGGAGCUGUAUGGACGCACUGGCUACAACUAUAUUUUCUCAGGGGGUGCAGACGACGCCUGGGCAGAUGCAGAGGAUGUCACGGAGGAGGACUGUGCGCUUCGAAGUUCCGACACGCAUCUUUUUGAUAAGGUCAGAGGGUAUGACAUCAAGCUGCUCCGGUACCUGUCAGUGAAAUACAUCUGUGACCUGAUGGUGGAGAACAAGAAGGUGAAGUUUGGCAUGAAUGUCACCUCCUCCGAGAAGGUGGACAAAGCCCAGCGCUAUGCCGACUUCACUCUCCUCUCCAUCCCGUAUCCAGGCUGUGAAUUUUUCAAGGAAUAUAAGGAUCGGGAUUACAUGGCUGAAGGGCUCAUUUUUAACUGGAAGCAGGACUACGUUGAUGCCCCUCUGAGCAUCCCCGACUUCCUGACUUGCUCUCUGAACAUUGACUGGAGCCAGUAUCAGAGUUGGGAUCUGGUGCAACAAACACAAAACUACCUGAAACUGCUGCUUUCCAUAAUUAACAGUGACGAUGACAGCGGACUGCUAGUACACUGUAUCUCAGGCUGGGACCGGACGCCCCUCUUCAUCUCUCUCCUGCGCCUUUCCUUGUGGGCUGACGGGCUCAUCCACGCAUCCCUGAAGCCCGCUGAAAUCCUCUACCUAACGGUGGCCUACGACUGGUUCCUCUUCGGGCACAUGUUGGUAGAUCGACUCAGCAAAGGAGAGGAGAUUUUCUUCUUCUGCUUCAAUUUUUUGAAGCAUAUCAUCUCUGAGGAAUUCUCUGCUCUGAAGAUACAGAGGAGGAAGAGUUUGCCAGCCCGGGAUGCAGGCUUCACUGUGGAAGAUAUCUGCAUGCUGAGACGGAAGGAUCGUGGCAGCACCACCAGCCUUGGCAGUGACUUCUCUCUGGUCAUGGAGAGCUCCCCAGGAGCCGCCGGGAGCUUCACCUAUGAGACCGUGGAGCUGGUCCCUGCAGGAGCACAGACUCAGGCAGCUUGGAGGAAGAGCCACUCAUCCUCUCCACAGAGUGUGCUCUGGAACCGGCCACAGCCCUCAGAGGACCGCCUGCCUUCCCACCAGGCACUGGUGGAAGCCAAGUCCUCCAGCUCCUCUUCCUCGAACCAUUCUGACAACUUUUUCAGGCUGGGUAGCAGUCCCCUGGAGGUCCCCAAGCCCAGCUUUCCUCAGGGCCCCUGUGGGCCUGCUGCGGCACUGUGUGACCCUUCCUCUUCUGGGCCGGAGCUCUUGCUCAUCGUCCCUGCCUCCUUUUCUGCCUGUGCAACAUCGCUGGACAACUGGGAAGGAAACCAGAAGAUUCCUCCUGUCCCCUGGGUCCUCCCUGGUCUUAACUGUCCAGCUGUUGGGGGCUCCCCCACUGAGGCAGCACCCCAUCAUACACCGUAGCUUUUCAUCAUACUCCCUUCUUCCUGACAAAAGAUCCUAGUUCCGAUCUCGUGGUCACUUCCCUCGGUCUCGCCACUGGUUAUCUGCCUGCACUGGGGGCUCAGAUGCUUAUGGCUGGUCCAGGAUGGUCCAGGAGGCUGAGGAGGAUUGGGGGUGUCCUCCUGAUCUCAUGGCCCUGUGAGCUGGGGCCUGGUGAAGGAGGCUGGAAUAACUGGGCCAAAAUGGGGCGCCUUGGAAAGGCGUGAGGUGGACUGCUGUGAGGUGUUUGAUGGCUCUGCUGGUUUAUUCUGGGAGUGCCUGCUUGUAGCCAGGCUGGGCUGGCCAGGUGACAAGGUUCUGGAUUGGCUGCUUGUUUGCCAGAGGAUUUGAAAGACUAGUUUAUUCAGAUUUGGAGCAUUCUAAUUAUAAUUACAUAUUUCCAUUAACAUUAAAAUUAGUUUAGUCUCUCUUAUCUUAAAGUGCCUGAGGGAUUCUGUCAUUAGCUUUCCUGCUUCUCUUAGGUAACAACAGCCAAUCAGCUUUUUAGUGCAGCAAAGGGAACUGUGUGGAAAGAAACCCUUUAGUAACGCUAUCUGUGACGGCCGAAAUUCCCCUUACAGUGUGAAUUCUCUGGGCUUCCUAUGCUCCACAUUCCCAAGUUCUACAAGAAUAUCUCUUUCAAGGUAGGACUUCCCUGUGAAAAGAAUUGGUGAAGCUUUGUUCAAAGCUAAGAACUACGUGUCAGAUUCAGAAGAAAGUUCUGUCCCCACCCCGUGCCCUUCACUGGCAGGACUGGUGGCCCUUUUGCAUCAUUAGCUGCUACUGCAGCAGCUUCUAACGGAGCUGCGUUUCUGGACCGUUGUUAAACCUCUCGCCACCUGCAGGGCUGGGGGCUGGGAAGAGGCAGGAGCAGUGCUCACGUGCCUCUCCAAGCCCUGGGCAGUAAAGCACCCUGCACCGUGUGUAGUCUUGGUCUCUGCUCCAGAGUCAGACGUCUUUAGGGAUGGGGGUUGCUAGCAUAACACUGUUGUGCCUGAGGAGGGAUGGUGCUACCACUGAGCCCAGCUGGAAGCCAAGCUGCCUGAAGAGCACAUGAACUUGGCUGAGGGACAUCCAGCGGCCUGGUUGCUUAGCUAAGUGACAACAUAGGUGCCAACUCUGCUGCCCAGAUAGCUGCUCUUUCCCCAUCCUUCACCACCUACUAACUGCUUGUUAUGAGCAAUGAGCUCUGUCCCCGGCUAUGUUUAAUGAGGCUGAGAAACCGGAUUGCUUUCUGUAACACAUAGGGUUCCUGUCUUAACGUUUGAUGUGUUCUCCCAUGGGGCCACAGCUUCAGACUAGAGAUGAGCGGUGAGAAGCCUAAAGGCAUUGCCAGCUUGAGACCCAUAAGAGAAAACUUAGAGCCCCAAAAGACUUCUCCUUGGGCUGCUGCAGGAAAGCAGAGGUCCCUGGUUCACACAAACACACACACCCGCACAAACAGACACACAGACACACACAUACCCCAAUGCCUGAAGUCCAGGCUGAGGGAAACUGAUGACUUCAAAUCUGAUGAAUCUUGUCCUAGCCGUUUUUGAAGUCACUUGUUCCGAGGAGUCAGGCCCUUGUUGAACCGAAGGAUUCUUCCCUAAGGCCCCAUUCCUGGAGGCGUUCACUUGGGCAGAGGCUGUGGGACCAUCACCUGGAGGCUUGGUAGUGGUGGGGGGUAGGUACAAAUUAGGUGACAUUCAAGCUCUCUGAAAGGCUAGGAUUCUGGGUCUUGGCUCAAAUGUUCGUUCCCUGCAUGACUUCAGACAUGUCACUUGAUAGCUUUGGGUUUCUUUUUUCUCAUCAGAGGCUUAAAUGGGCAACUAACUGCCCAGGUCCUUCCUAGCUGUGAACCUUCAAGCCCUCUCUGUGAGCUGUCAGAUCAGGUGCUUUUAGAUGCAAGUAACAGAAAAUCCAUCUCAAAAGAGUUUAAACAAUAAAUGAAAACGGUUGGUUUACGUUGGAAAAAUGCAGCCUUCAGGCGCAGCUUCCUCAAGGUUCCAACUCCGUUUCCCUAUGGUUCUUUCUCCUUGCCUCUUUCUACAUGCUAGCUUUGUCUUCUGGCCAGCUUCCCUAAUGCUGGCUAGCUACUCCAUGUGCUUCCUUUCUCACAUCCAGGGACCACGUGAAGGCCUCUUUUCCAACCAUAGAUCAGAAACUCUGUGCUUUAUUCCAGUUGGAAGUUGGAGGUGUCCAUCCCCGAGCCAGUCCCUGAGGCCUCCACCAUCUCUUAUCAGGAAGGAAGAUCGGUGUGCUAUGCGGCUAGCAUGGGUUUUGGUCAGACGGGGUUUCAGUCCCAGCUUUGCCACUUCUAGCUGUGUGACUUGGAAAAGACACUUCCCUUCUGAGCUCAGUCUUUUUUAUCCCGUCUUUAAAGUGGGAGUAAUGAUCCUGGUCUCCAUAAGUUUGCGUUUAAGUGAGAUAAUGGAGCAAAAUACCUGGCACAUAGUAAUACUCAUCCUUUCCAUGAGUACUGGAAAUGCUCAGUAAACUGUAGUUGUGGUUAAGACCCGUCCUUAUCAGUCUCAUUUCUGAAGGACUAUGGGCUGUGUCAGGGCACUGGGCAGCUAGGUAAAAGGCCAGAUCAGGUACCUCAGGCCAGACCUCUUUCUCCUCGCCUCAGCUGUGUGGCUUGGGCCAGCUCUGCUUGUGUGGGUACUCCUGUACCCCCUUCCAAAAGGACCAGCUAAAACACACUUGCCUGAGCUGGCCCACAGCAGGGGUCUGGCAGGUGUGGGGCAGGGUGGGGCCAUUUAGCUCUCUUGGUGCUGUGAACAGGGGCUUAGGCCAUACCCGUCUAAGGGAGUGAAAUGUUGCCAAGAAGCCAGCCUCCUGGGCAGAGGUCUGGGCCCUGGGGAUGUGGAUGGAUGACCUUGGAAGCACUGUCAGCCCCUCAGUUGUCCAGUUUGAGGGCGGCUUGGCCCCGUGUGCCCUCCAGUCCUUUAGAUAGAUCGGUGGAGGUAGAUGCUGUGUUUGCACUCGAGUAAGGGUAUAGGGCAGAAGAGCAUGGGGUUUUUAUUAAGGCUGGUUGCGUUACCUGUGUACUGAGGCUAACUUGAAAGUUUUCCUUCCUUCUUUCACUCGGCAGGUGCAGGUGCUUCCUUCUCGUGACUGUUCCCUGUCAUCUUUAGGUGCCCCCUCUAGCCAGCUACUCCAGAUGUGCACUUACGAGGACCUCUUUGCUUAGCACAGCCCCUUGCUCUCAAACCCAGGAACGCAACGGUUGCUUUGCAACCCUUUCCUUGACAAAAGCCUCAAAUACGAAGAUUCAUUUGGAGCCUGUGUGCUCACUCUUGAAAAAGAUGCAAAAGAUGGUUGGCUGCUUGCUGAGAUUCCUUUGUGACCCCUGGGAUCAUGCGCCCUGUUGCUGUCUGUGCUGCCUACUCCAUACUACAGCUGUCCCCGGGCUGCUUCAAGCAUGGCUCUUGCCUGGGGGUGCUACCUGCUGCACACGGGAAGUACAGGCAAGGGACUAGCCUAGGAGACCAAGAGCCCGUGCUGGGAACCUCUCUGUAACCAUAUUCCAUCUGUCAUUUUCCCAUUGGAAGUGUGAGUCUCUGAUAGCCCUGGGGAGUGGGGUUAGGAGCAUAAGAAACCCCCAUGUUCCCUGCCCCAUAAGUCCCUCAUCCUACCCAGCCUCCUCUACUUCACAUUACUUUCAUUCCCUCAACACUCUGCUGUUUAGCAAUUAUUUUCCCGAAAACGGGAAAAGAAACUCUGCCUUACCUUAAAGUUUGAGCAAGAGGUGAGAUGUGUGGAGCCAGGCUGCCCUCAAGAGGGGUUGCAUUGACUGAAGACUCCGGCAUGACCCAGGGGAAGCACAGGGCAGGCACCACACGGUGGCGUGUAGCUUGCUCUUGCACGUAGGCAGCGGUCUCUGAUUUACAGACAGUUAAGGAUCACCAGAGAUACAGUGUCUGGCCUGAACCCUACCAAGUUUCUCCACGUAGGAAGAAGGAAGCCCUGCUUUGUCAGUCACUCGGGCUUCCACCAGGUAGCAGACCAUGACCUGUCCUCAUCCCCAGUGCUGCUGUCAUACACCUUCCAGAGUAGAGCAGGAGCAAUGAAUAUGCCAAGUCUCUAUGUUGCAGGGUGGGUCCGAUUCAUGGCGGCUUUAACGUAGAAAGCUAGCUGUUUUCCCUGGUCUCAAGGUGGUUCUGUUGUACAGCAAAUCUGUAAUCAAUCUUGGCUUUAAAAAUCUAUUCUUGCACUCUGUAGCUGUGGAACCUUGGGUGAGUGUCCUUACCUGUCUGGGCUGCCAUUUUCCUUCCUCUAAGAAGGAGAUGAGGGCUUCCCUGGUGGCGCAGUGGUUGGGAGUCCACCUGCUGAUGCAGGGAACACGGGUUCGUGCCCCGGUCCGGGAGGAUCCC